AUGAGUGAUAGUUUUGGAGAUUCAGGGGAUGACGCAGACGAAGUAGAAGAUGGCUCCGUGGCUGAUGUGGGGCCAGUUUCUGCAACAUUACGGUCAACGCGAUUUAGUGUCCAUCGUGAUUUAGUGUCCAUCCCUCUCCGCAUAUUUUCGUAAAAAAAUACAGAUUUUUUGCUCCCAUGUUGGAAGACCUGACACCAGGGAAAAGGUGCGAAGAUAGAAUACUUCUUGUUACAAAGAAGAAGCAAAAGGUGCGAAGAUGGAGGGACCGGGAUGGACUCUCGCACACUCUAACCGCAGCUCUUCCGCAGUCUAGAACGUCAUCAACAGACUCCUCGUCUUCUCCUAGCAACUCUUCAAAAGUAGUCUCUCCUUCUAGCAAGUCCUCGAUUGGCAGAGAAGAUUCUAAAG